AUGCAACAUUCAAUACCUGUGACUACCCAACUACCAACAACACUAACCACACAACUGCCAACAACUACCCAACUUCCAACCACUCUGACCAUACAACAGCCAACAACCACUCAAUUUCAAACAACUUCAACCACAAAGUCAACCACAUAUCUGCCAACAAUCACUCAGUUUUCUGCAUCACCAACCAAAACACAAACCAAUCAAGUGAAAACAACCACUCAAUUUCUAACUAUUGCACCAACAACUCAACUGUCAACAACCACUCAAUUUCUAACCCCACCAAUCACACAACAUUCAAAAUAUCUAACCACAAAACAACCAACAACCACUCAGUUUUCAUCAUCUCAAAUGAUAACACAAACCAAACCAACAACAACCACUCAAUUUCAAACUAUCACACCGAAUAUACAACAUUCAACAACUGAACUAUCAAUUCUAACCCCAACACCAACUACACAUUCCACAAAUUUUACCACAAAACUGCCCACCACCACACAAUUUCAAACAAAUCCAAUCACAAAAUCAACCACACAACUGCCAACAACCAUUCAGUAUUUAUCAUCAUCAGCAGCACAAACAAGACAACUGGCAACCAGUCAAUUUUUAACCACAACACCAACCACACAACUUUCAACAAGUCUGACCACAAAACUGCCAACAACCAUACAAUUUCCAACAACCCCACAAGUGUCAACAACCACUCAGUUUUCAACAUCUCCAUCCACUACACAAGCCAGUCAAGUGGAGACCACCCAAUUUCUUACCACCACACCAACAUCUCAACUCACAACAACAACUCAAUUUCCAACUACAACACCAACCACACAACAUUUAACAACACUGACCACACAACUGCCAACAACCACUCAAUAUCUAUCUACCAUGCCAACCACACAACAUUCAACAACCAAUCAAUUUCUAACCACUACAUCAAUCACACAACAUUCAACAACUUUGGCCACAAAACAGCCAACAAUCACACAAUUUCCAACAAUACCAAACACAACAUCAACCACACAACUGCCAGCAACCACUCAAAUUUCAACAGCUCCAACCUCAACACAACCCAGACAAGUGGAAACAACCACUCAAUUUCUAUCUGCCAUACCUACAACUCAACUGUCAACAACCACUCAAUUUCUAACCACAACACCAACCACACAACAUUCAACAACUCUGACUACAAAACAACCAACAACCACACAACUGUCAACAAUCACCCAGUUUUCAUCAUCUCCAACACCAACCAACCAAGUGGCAACAACCACUCAAUUUUUAACCACAACACCGACCACACAAUAUUCAACAAUUCUGACCACAAAACAGCCAACACCCACACCAACCACUAAAUCAACAACACAACUGCCAACAACCACUCAGUUUUCAACAUCUCCAACCACAACACAUACCAGACAAGUGACAACUACUAAAUUUCUAUCUACUACACCAACCACACAACAUUCAACAACUGAACUCAACAACAACUCUGAUGCUCACAACAACACCAGUGCCCACUACAACACUGAUGACAACAACUCCUGUGCCCACCACAACUCUGAUGACAACAACCACUCCAGUGCCCACCACAACUCUGAUGACAACAACCACUCCAGUGCCCACCACAACUCUGAUGACAACAACCACUCCAGUACCCACCACAACUCUGAUGACAACUACUACUCCAGUGCCCACUACAACUCUGAUGACAACCACUCCAAUGCCCACCACAACUCUGAUGACAACAACUACUCCAGUGCCCACCACAACUCUGAUGACAACAACUACUCCAGUGCCCACCACAACUCUGAUGACAACAACCACUCCAGUGCCAACAACAACAACUCCGGUGCCCACCACAACACUGAUGGCAACAACCACUCCAGUGCCCACCACAACUCUGAUGACAACAACCACUCCAGUGCCAACAACAACAACUCCGGUGCCCACCACAACACUGAUGGCAACAACCACUCCAGUGCCCACCACAACUCUGAUGACAACAACCACUCCAGUGCCAACAACAACAACUCCGGUGCCCACCACAACUCUGAUGACAACAACCACUCCAGUGCCCACCACAACUCUGAUGACAACAACCACUCCAGUGCCAACAACAACAACUCCGGUGCCCACCACAACACUGAUGGCAACAACAACUACCCCACUGGAGACUAG